UCCAACUCAAUCAGACCGAAUUGCAGAGGAUCGCAAAUCACAGGCGACUGUGCUGAGAAGUGACGCCGUCCGCACCAAAUCAAUCAGUGCGCUUAGUUCGGGUUGCACGGUCGUGCUGUGGUGGUACUGAAGUGUACAAGUACCUCCCGAAAAAACAAAGGUCUCGAAACAGCAUACCCGAGGGGGAGAGAGAGAGUUUGCAGCAGCUAGGGUUUUCAGCAAUCCCCCGGAAUCCACCCCGAAGAUCUUUUCGAUUUUUUUUUUUUUAAUCUGGGUUUAGAAAUAAGAGAUGGCGGAUGGGUACUGGAAUCUGCGGCAGCAACAGCAACAGCAACAGCACCAGCACCAUCAUCUUCUCUCUUCUGCCAACUUGCUUAAACGACCUCGUUCUGAUUACGAUCUUGCGCCUUCUGUGCUUCCUUCAGGUCAUGAGAUGCAUAACUAUCUAGUACGAGAUGAUGAUCAUGGUGGUCCACGGGCAGUAAAGGACACAAAAACAAUAGGAUCAGCUUAUGAUCGCUAUCUCCAGAGUGCACAACUUUCUUCUUUUACUUCUGGAGAAGCCAGUACACUCCGUGGAGCUGGGAUGGGAAGGGUCGCUGGUGUUGGAAUGCCUGGUCUUCCAAUAGCUGAUCCUUCUGUGUUGGGUCAUCCUGGGGCUAUUGGUCCUGAUCUAGCACCGAAUGGUCGAAAUGUUACCGUUAGUGGUCAGCCUCCCCUUGAUGCAACUAGGCCUGGACGUGAAACACAGCCUCUGCCUCCAGAUGCUUCCAACACUUUAUAUGUUGAAGGGCUUCCUUCUGACAGCACAAAGAGGGAGGUAGCUCAUAUUUUCCGCCCUUUUGUUGGAUAUAAAGAAGUGAGACUUGUAAGCAAAGAAUCCAAACACCGUGGGGGAGAUCCUCUUAUCCUGUGUUUUGUGGAUUUUGCAAAUGCAGCCUGUGCAGCAACUGCUAUGAGUGCCUUGCAAGGUUAUAAAAUGGAUGAUGAUGAUCCUGAAUCUAAUUACUUGCGGCUGCAGUUUUCACGAUUUCCAGGUCCAAGGACUGGCUCUGGAUCUCGUGGUAAGAGAUGAGCAGGCUUCAGGUCCUUUCUAGGUAAAUGCAGCUGACAUCGGUGGGAUCCCUCCUUUAGGACAUGCUUGUCCAUGAUAUAAUGUACAGACAAAUGCAAUUUAAAUUGCUCAACCCUGACCGAACUAAUUACGAGCUCGUGAGGUGCAGAUAGUUUUGAGGUGUGAGAUGGAGAAGAAAUCCAUUGUUUAUGCAAUUGAACAAACAGAAAUUUGAAUAUUAUGUCCAGUACAUGGUAUCUUCAAGAU